AUGACAGCUCUGGACACCACGAAACCCCCUCACCUCCGCCGCUCUAAUGGCAACACCCAGCUCAUCCUCAAGGGCAAGCCCUUCCUCAUGCUCUCCGGCGAACUGCACAACUCCUCCCUCUCCUCCGCCCGCUUCAUGUCCGAGGUCUGGGGGCCCAUGAAGUCCGCCCACAUCAACACCCUCCUCGGCGCCGUCACAUGGGAAGACAUCGAGCCCACAGAGGGCAACUUCACCUUCUCCGAGCUCGACGCCGUCCUCGCCGGCGCCCGCAAGCAUGACAUGCACCUCGUCCUCCUCUGGUUCGGCACCUACAAGAACGGCAUCUCGACCUACGCGCCACACUGGGUCAAGCGCGACACGAAACGCUUCCCCCGCUGCCAGGUCCUCGAGGCCGGCGGCGUCAAGAGAACCGUCGAGAUGGUCUCCCCGCUGUCCGACGAGUGCUGCAAGGCCGAUUCAAGAGCUUUCGCCGCGCUCAUGAAGCACCUCGCCGAGGUUGACAGCGAGCACAACACCGUGCUGAUGGUCCAGGUCGAGAACGAGACGGGUCUGCUGGGCGACUCCCGCGACCGCUCCCGCCGCGCCGACAAAGCCUUCGCCUCGCCCGUCCCAGAAUCGCUUCUGAAGCACCUUAACGAGAAGAAAGACGAGCUGCACCCCAAGUUCACGGCCCGCUUCGCCGUGCCCCCCGCCAGCGGGAGCCACUCCUGGAACGACAUCUUCGGCGCCGGCCACGCCGCCGACGAGGCCUUCAUGGCGUACCACAUCUCCUCGUACGUCGGCCGCGUCGCCGCCGCCGGCAAGAAGGAGUACGACAUCCCCCUCUACACCAACACCUGGCUCAACUUCGACGACCCGUCCCAGCUCGACCUCCGCGGCGUGCCCAUCGUCGUCGGGGGCGGCGCCGACCCGGGCGUCUACCCCUCCGGCGGGCCCUGCCCGCACGUCCUCGACAUCUGGCGGUACAACACCAUCUUCACCCCCGAGAAGGCGCUCGACUUCCUGGCGCCGGAUCUGUACUUCCACAACUACGAGACCGUCUGCAGGGACUACACGGCGCAGGGGAACCCGCUGUUCAUUCCGGAGCAGCGCCGCGACGAGAACGGCGCGCGGAGGGUGUGGCUGUCGUACGGGACGUACGGGGCGCUCGGGGCGUCUCCGUUCGGCAUCGACACCGGCGCCGAUGUGGUCGGGCGGGAGUACAAGCUCCUCUCGCAGGUGGCGCCGUUCCUGCUGGCCGCCGCGCCGGAGGACCGCAUGGGGUUCUUCUUCGACGAGGAGCCGGACCCCGUCGGCAAGGGCGAGAAGUGGAGCAAGGUGUUUGGGGACAUCGAGGUCAUCGUCGAGAGGGCCUUCGUGUUUGGUAAGGCCGGUCCCGGUGGCGGAAUGGUGAUUCACCUCGGAAACGCAAAGUUCCUUGCUAUUGGCCGGGGGUUCAACGUGAAGUUCAAGAGCGCGAGGAAGGAGGCGACUUUCACGGGCAUUCUUGCAGCGGCAGAGAAGGAGGUUGACGAGAACGGGCAGCUGAGGACGUUGAGAGUGUUCAACGGCGACGAGACGAGGAGUGGAGAGUUUCUGAUCAUGCCAAACGACGAUCCCGACUAUGGCGGUUUCCCGAUUGCGGUUACGAUACCGGCUAGGACGUGUAUUGCGGAGGUCGAGGCGUACUGGGUCGCCGAGGACGAGGAGGACCGAUAA